CGAUUCCGUUCCUUGACUUUGAUUAUGGGGAAUGCGGCGCCGCGUGCUCAGCCUGCGAACAGCACGCAGCUGGACACGGCGUCUCAAUGUCGCACCCUGCUGAUGGAGUGCGUCGUACCUCACCGGAACACCAUGAACCUCGUGUUCAGCAACCUCCUCGGGGAUGGGAAGUUCCUCAAGACAGUGCAGUGCAAGUGCGAAGAAGGUGUGGUCGUGGUGAAGAUCUACCGUAAACACGACACCCACGAGUCCCUGGAGUCGGCCAAGCACCAACUGGCGACCCUCUACGCCGCUCUGAGCUCGGUCGAGUCGACUCCGAAUGUGAUUCCGUACUCGGUGUUUGAGAUGGGCACCAAGGCGAACGCGGCUUUUCUCGUGCGGCAGUCGUUUGUGGCGAAUCUGUAUGACCGCAUCUACACCCGUCCGUUCUUGACCGACAUUGAAAAGAAGUGGAUCGCGUUCCAGCUGCUCAAAGCCCUCGAGCAGUGCCAUUCCAAGGGCAUCUUCCACGGCGACAUUAAGCAGGAGAACGUCAUGGUCACGUCGUGGAACUGGAUCUUUCUCACCGACUUUGCGCCGUUCAAGCCCACGUACAUCCCCGAAGACGACCCGGCAGACUACUACUACUACUUCUGCGCGUCGGAUGCGUCCCGACGGAGCUGCAGUGUCGCCCCCGAGCGUUUCUACGGCAGCAACCGCGAUGCGCUGUCCCGUCUCGCGGACAGUGAGAUCAGCGCCGAGGAGUGGGACAAGCAGAUGAGUCGCACGCCGCCGCCGCCGCCAUCGCUCGCGCCCUCGUCGUCCUACAACGCGACCCCGCGAAAGGGCGGCUCGCUCACCGCUGCCAUGGACAUCUUCUCGACGGGGUGUGUGAUCGCCGAGCUCUUUCACGGCGGGAAACCGCUGUUCGACCUACCGACGCUCUUGCGCUAUCGCACGGGGGACAUGCACGCGGUGAUGUCGGUGCUGCAGAAGAUCCAGGACGGUCCCGUUAGCGACAUGGUGCGCCACAUGCUCCAGCGCGACCACCGCAGCCGGCUGUCGGCGGCGCAGUACCGGCAGCAGUACACGGACUCGAUUUUCCCGCCCUACUUCGACUCGUUCUUGUUCCGGUUCAUGGCGCUGGUACUCACGCGGGGAGGCAAGCUGCCGGACGCCCGCAUCCGCCUCGUAUGCAAGUACUACGCCCGCAUUGUGCGCGAGUUGGUAGGCGUCGACGAUCGCGAGGGCGAAGUGUUCUUCAACCACCGCCUCAAGGAAGGCCACGGCAGCGACCGCGCGCACUUUACCGACAACGUGCUGCAGCGCAUGUAUGACGAAAUGUCGUCCCCGUACGAAGAAGCCAGAGACAACGACGAAAGUGUGGCGUCUCCUGGCAAGGGGGGGCCGUUCGGACGCGAUGCCCACGCGAUUCCAAAGCUGCAGUCGACAUAUCAAGCGUAUGCCAAGCACAAGCACGACACGCUGAAGCGCGCCAAGUCGGCGACUUCCAGGGGCGACUCGCCCCCCCCCGGGACCUCGGACAUGGACCAAGACUUGGGUGAGAAGCCAUCCCCGCUUCCUCCUGCCGUCAACCAGACGACAAAGCCCCCCCCGAACGGCAUCAUGAUCGUGCUGUCUCUGCUUUGCUCGAGUCUGCGACACUGUCAAGUGCCCCAGUCCAAACUCACGGGGCUCCAGCUGAUUUCCCGCCUGGGCGCGCACGCCGACGACGAAGUCCGCCUCCAGCGCCUCAUUCCGUACGUGAUGGAAGUGCUCGACGACGCCAACGCCGCCGUCCGCGCCGCCGCCAUCCGCUGCAUCACGUCGCUCGUGUCCGUCGUGACCGUGCUCCCGCUCUCGGACGCGGCCGUGUUCCCGCAGUACAUUCUCCCCGCGCUGCAGAACUUUCCCGUGGACGUUGAGGAAAGCGUUCGCAUCGCAUUUGCCGAGUGCCUCCCUCUCCUCGCGGAAACAUCGCGGCGAUUCCUAGAGAUCAGCUGUGCGCUCAAACAGCGCGCGCUGCACCAGCCGUCGGCCACCGAUACUGCCCGCGGCUUCGCGACCACGAAAAAGGCCAAGGAAGGGCGCAACCUGGACGCAACGUUCAGCACGUUUGACAACGAACUCAACCGGCUGCACUCGGCCGUGGCGCGCUUUGUCAUCCAGAUCGCCGCGCCCGACCAAAAGUCGAGCAGUUCGCUCGUCAAGCGCGCGCUCCUGCACGACAUCACGCGGCUGUGUGUGUUCUUUGGCCGCGAAUACACGCUGGACAACGUACUGCCGCUGCUGCUGUCGUUUCUGAAUGACCGAGACUGGGAGCUCCGCGCCGCCUUCUUCCAAGACAUCCCCGGCGUCUGCACGUUUGUCGGCCGCGUGUCGGCGGAGCUGUACAUCUUGCCCUGCAUCGAGCAAGCCCUGAUCGACGUCCAGGAGAUUGUCAUAGCCAGGGCGUUGCACUGUCUGGCCACACUGGUCUCGCUCGGGCUGUUUCAACGGCCAGCGCUGAUUGACAAGGCCAAGCUCACGACGCCGCUGCUGCUGCACCCGGGGUGGUGGAUCCGCGAAGCCAACAUCCAGCUCAUCGCCGCCGUGGCCAUCCAGCUCGGGUCCGUGGACACGCUCGUGUUUCUCAUGCCGCUGCUGCACCCGUACAUGCGGCGCAAGGUCAAGCUGGGCGCGACCAGCACCGACGACGUGGUGAGUAUCCUUCGGAACGCGCUUCAGCCCCCCGUGCCCCGCGAAGUGUUUGACGCAGCGCUCAUUUCCAGGGACUGCCCCAUCGACCACCCCCCCGACAUGUCCUUGGUCGAGUACGUCCCCGACGCCGAGAUGUAUGAGGACGUGAUGGAAGUGCACAAUUCGGCGCGGAACCGCGUCAAGCUCUCGAGCGACGACUCCACCGACGGGUACUCGCCCGCCCACCCCCCCCCCCCGCUCCACCACCUCUCUCGGUCGGCGAGGAAACCGCUGGACCGGUUCGACAAGAUGACAUUGGGACAAGACGCGGACGACGCCCAGCGCCUCCAGCUCAUGCAGCAGUACAUUGAGAUGGCGUCGAUGCACAUGCAGAGUAAGAUCCAGCUCUUCAACUCGGAGCAGAUGGCGCGCAUGCAGGCCGGCAGCGGCGCCAACCAGUCGCGCCACCUUCCGCUGGCGUUCCCCAAGAAGGUCCCGCGGACGUCCAUGCACGUGUUGCGCGUGCCGACCACGCACACGGCGCUGAGUCAGUUUCCGCUGUCGUUUCCGUACCUCAAGCCAGCCAAGAUUGGCGACGCAGCGGCGUUGUUCAAGUGGGAGAGUUUGCCGCUGCUGCACAUCAUCCGGCUCUACGGCCUCAACACGGGCCUCUCGAGUCUGUCCGAGUUCAACGCCGAACCCACGUCCCGCAAGAAAGCGCUCAACGCGGCGUCCGUCCACGACAUGGUGCUGGACCCGGCCUUGUUCCACUCGCAUAAACUGCUGGCGCGACUCAUGGCGCUCGACAUCCCGCCGCUGCCCAUGGACAUGGGGGCGCUCAAACCGCCCGACGUGCCGGUGCCCAUGACCAGCGUCGCGUCGAAUGUCAGUGCGGCCAGUAGUGCGCCGUCGACCCCGCAGCCGCCGUCGUCGUCGUCGUCGUCGGGGUUGCCGCCCCCGUCGCUGCUGCAAGUCCCAUCCUCGUCGUACUCGUCCACCCGCGACUGGCGACCUCGGGAAAACGUGCUCGUAGCAGAAAUGAACGAACACUCGGGACCGGUGCACCGCCUGGGCGUGGCCCAAGACGGAUCGUUCCUCGCGUCCGCGUCGGGCGACGGCACCGUCAAGAUCUGGAGCGUCAAGGGUCUGGCACAUGGUAGCAACCCCAGCAGUCGCGGCACGUACGAGGCCCAAGGCGGCGUCCUCACGGACAUGGUGGUGCUGGAUCACUCGCACUCGAUCGCCACGAGCUCGGCCACCGGCAGCGUCCACGUGUUCCGAGUGGAUCGCAUGUCCUCCAACGCCACCACCAGCGUCCAGCAGUACCAGACCAUCGGCCUCCGCGAGAUCCACCUCGUCGACGACGCUGUCCUCGUACUCAACCACGUCAACACGGCCACGGAAAGUCUGCUCAUCUACGGCACCCGCCGUGGGUUUAUUUACGGGUGGGACCUGCGAUUUCGGCGAGAGGCGUGGAAGCUCCACGUCAGCGUCGAACUGGGUCACAUUUCGUGCAUGACCCGAUCGUCCGAUGCGACGUGGUUGGCCGUGGGCACGAACCGGGGGUACAUUUGUCUGUGGGACCUGCGGUUCCAGCUGCUCAUCCGUGUAUGGCGCCACUCAUCCAACCAACCGAUCAACCGCGUUGAGCCGUGCUUGACCACCUACCCGUGUGGCCAGCCCGACCUGGCGGCGACGUCCCCCCUCGUGUACGUGGCCGCGGGCGACUCGGAGGCCGCCGUGUUCGACUUGAGCAUCGGCGCCUGCCGCGCCGUUUUUCGGACAUUGCACACGCAGGUGCAGAUGCUCGGCGCCGACAAGUGUCCGACGCUGCACCACGUUCAAGUACCGAGCCGGAUGAAGGACGUGAUGGGCAGCAUCUUGGGCCCGCCUAAAUUUGCCCAAGCGCUCGAUGACGUGGCCACCACUCCGUACUCGGAGGAGCCGACAAUCCGCGCGAUGCUGUGCCCGUCCGAGUUUUCCUUGCUCACGGCGGGCGAGGACCGGCGCAUCCGGUUCUGGGACCUCCGUCAUCCGAAAAAGUCGCUGACCGUGUCGGGACCCGACUCGUCCUUUUACGACAGCCAAGUGGCGCCGGACGGGUGGUGGCGCCUCGAUGCGGAAGACCCGAAACUGUCCAAGGCCGAAGUUGUGUGGAGCAAGAUGGCGCCGCCGUCCAUCCUGCUCUGCCAGGACGCGUCCUCGUUCGGCGACCACGGCGACGGCUACGCCAACCCAGCCCUGGAACGCCGCGGCCCCAUCGCCGCGUCCCCCGCACACCACGACUGCAUCUUGGACCUCAAGAUGGUCGACGUGCAUGGCCCCAUGGUCGUGUCCAGUGCCCGCGACGGCGUCGUCAAGGUGUGGCGAUGAAAACAGCACACAGAAUAUAUGGAAUCAAUCAGUAGGGCUAACACUAGCUACAGUACUUGAUCAUGGUAUUAUAUCUAGUAACGUUAUGUUGUUAACUCGAAGUGCC